AGUUGAUAAGCGGCCGCAGUUCUCCGUCGUGCCAUUGAAGUGAGUCAUCCUAGUGUGGUGAAGGAAUAGAAAAAGAAAGAUAGAACUGUUCCAGGGGAACAGCGGAUUGUUGAAGUAGGCCUAAAGUGUGUCGCGGGGAAGAUAUUCUGUAGAGUAGGCUGGAGUGGAAAGCAAUUUUAAAGCCUCUGUAUGUGACUCACUCGCAACGCAAGUCUAUUCACCGCCAACUCUGGAUUGACUGCGAAAGUAGGUGACUUUUGUUCUUGAAGUUGGCUCUUGUAGCACACCUGAAUAGGCUACAGCAGUGACAAGGGAAAGAAACAGGAUAUACUUAUUUGGAAUGGACAAAAAAUAUAAAUAUUUUCAGUUUUACUUCUAGUUAAUUACCUUAAAAUAUUUAAUUUCGAAGAGCCUGGAUUUAUUGUACCAAUAACCUAUUUUAAAACACAUUUUUUUCUGGAUUUCCACGUGUUUUAACGACUAUUGCUUUCAAGUUGGUCACUUUCCAAUCUGGUCCACUUUCAGCUUCCAAAGGGGAUUCCACUGUCAGAGGAUUUUUUGAGAGUUGGGAGCUCAUAUCAACUACUGAAAUCUUCCUCUUUCCUGGAUCAUGUACCAGGACUACUCCGUGAACUACGACACCUCGUCCUGCGGCAGCAGCACUUCGCCGGUCCAGCCAGAGUCAUUCACAAGCGGCAGCAGCACGAUCGGCAGUCCGAUCUCUACCUCAAGCUACCAGAAAUACCGGGUCGACAUGCCUGGCUCUAGCAGUGCCUUCAUCCCUACGAUAAACGCCAUCACGACCAGCCAAGACCUGCAGUGGAUGGUGCAGCCCACAGUGAUCACCUCUAUGUCCAACCCGUAUUCACGCUCCCACCCCUAUGGCCACCACCUCUCCAACGGCCCUGGGCUCCUGGGACACACCACCCUGGCCCGUCCGGGUGUCAUCCGCUCCAUCGGGGACACCCGCGGACGCCGCAGGAGAGAUGAGCAGCUUACCCCUGAAGAAGAGGAGAAGAGGAGGGUGAGACGCGAGAGGAACAAGUUGGCUGCCGCCAAGUGCCGCAACCGCAGACGAGAACUCACUGAGACGCUCCAAGGAGAGACUGAGGAGCUGGAGGACGAGAAGGCUGAUCUACAGAAAGAGAUCGAGACACUGCAGAAGGAGAAGGACAAGUUGGAGUUCAUGCUGGUGGCCCACAACCCCUUGUGCAAACUGCCCCCCGACGAUCGCCACCAGGGGGGCCACCACCACCAGCAGCAGUGCGCUCCUCUUCCGCUGACCAUGCGCAACAAUCUGGGUCCCAGAGGCCUCGUCAACCCCGUUGUGGUGAAGCAAGAACCACAAGAGGACGAUGAGGAUGGCAAGUCCCAGCGCUCCGUCAUCAAGCCCAUCUGUCUUGGUGGAGGUGGUGGGAUUUACUGCGACAGCGACAGCCUCAACACCCCGGUGGUGGCCGCCUCCACCCCGGCCUCCACACCCAGCGCCCCUAGCCUCAUAUUCACCUACCCCAGCAUGCUGGAGUCCGAGAGCCCCUCGCCGUCCUCAGAGUCCUGCUCCAAAGCCCACCGGCGCAGCAGCAGCAGCGGGGAUCAGUCUUCAGACUCCCUCAACUCACCUACCCUCCUGGCCCUCUGAGCAGGGGCAGUAAGGUGAUGUUGUGAGGAGGGCGAGCAGCGCCCCCUUACCGACUUGGAAGACAAAGAGCACACUCAAGCCUGGACCAAGCCAACCAGUAACUGUUUCAUUGACACCAGGAACCCUCAAGGGCUAAGCCGCUUGUUUUUCUUGUACGCUUCAGUGUGAUUUUUUUUAUACCCAAAGUGUGUGCACCUGUACCAGCCAGUGUCAUCCCUUCUCCAUUUCAACUCCAGCACAAUUUGUUUUUUGAACAAUGAACAUAUGACAUGGAUGUUAGAAGUGACAGCAGAGGCAGUCAUAAGAGGAGAAAACUGGUGAAUGCAAGACGUAUUUUUUGAUCAACAUUAAGUAAAGCCAUCGGGCAAAAGUUGCACUCUGCUAUGAUCAAUCUAUCAGUUAAUGACUAAAUGAGAGACCAUGGGAGGGAUAUAGAAACAAUGGAGAGAUUUUAAAAGCAAGCUCAUCUUUUUCCUUUUUUUAUCCUCCCUCUCCCAGAAACCAGGACCUGUUUGGGAGACUACAGAGAGUGUGUGGAUGCGCUGAUACGCUAAUAAACAUAUUACUUUAUUUUCAUCUCUACUUGUAUUUAUGACCUGUGCUGUGUGACCUUGCGUUCUGGUGUUGUUGUCUCCUGAUGGUUCACUGGGUGAGCCUCAAAGCCUCAGUGUCUCAAACGAAAAUAGCCAAUUUUUAUUCAUUGCCUAGAUCCUCAACACUCUACUCCGAAUAUUGGUCAAAGUAUCGAUGGCCAUCGUAUUGUGUGCUUUUCUCAGUAAUGUACCUGAACUUUAUUAUGUGUUUAAUACAUGUUUGUGUGAUUUACAUUGAUGUCAGGGAUUUCUCUUCUGUGUGGUUGUUGAUAACUAUUUUAAGGAGCAGCAUGGGAAGCACUGGGGCUCAAAUGCUUGAGUGAUAUAUGAGGAGAAAUUCAAACCGUGGACCCUUCUACUUCUGAAAUUAUGUCAUUCACCAAGACAGUUCGACCAACGAGGGUAUUAUGACCAACUCCUUAUACCCCCAAUACUAGUGGAAGUGAAGGUUCAAGCAGACACUCUAGAGCUUCAUUGAAAAUAUAUAUAUAUUUUUUUUUGGGGGGGGGGUUGAUUGAAUUGCAAUAUUUAAGACCUGUUGUUUACUUCAAACAUUCCUUACAGGGUCAGUGAGUGUCAUGGCCUGGCUGUGAUCACAGGACAGAAGACUUACUGAACCAUUUUUAGUUGUGCUGGAUGCAGCAAAUAAGACUGUGCAAAAAUCAUUGCUGCUGCUGUUGUUGUGUACUGACCAGUCUUGAAGGAGAACACAUCACUUAUUUAUCUUUGUGUGGAUGGUCUUGAGGUAAACUUCACUGGAUAGUUAUGGUAUCACAUGAUAGCAUUUGAACAACAACACCCAUCAUGCAUUGCAGCAAAUUGCAGACCGAAAAAAAGAUACCAAAAACCAUUGUGGGAGAGAGUGUGUUCUUAGUCUGUUGAACCCCUUAGAAACACGUAGGAAAGCCAUUGACUUUAGAUCUUCUACUGUACGUGUCAUCUACUGUACGUCUUCUGUUUCUGACAUCUAUUUCUUCUUUUCUCAAAUGCUUUAACUGUUUAAAAUGAUUGAAAACAAACAAAAACAGCAAUAUGUAUAGCAGUGUUUGUUCAUUUCGUAAUUUAAAUCAAUAAUUAUAAUAAAAAAGCAUUUUCAACAAAGAA